AUGGGUGAGAUAGCUCAUGACAACGGAAAACCUGGAGCUCACUGCAAGCUGCUCAACAGAAUGGAGUGUCUUUUCCAGGUGCUUCAGUUGGUCUUAGCAGCCAGAAUAACAAAGUUGUUAGCUGUGAAGUCAGAGGAUGUUCUUGCUCAGCCACCAUUGUCCCAACUCAGAGGCUCAGAAUGCUGGAAGCUCCCGAAGGGGUGGACAAGAAGCCUAAGAAAUAAAGUCAUCUGUCUAGACCACAAAAACAAAAAAAGUGUCCAUGGGCAUCCUGCCACUUCUAAGGCAACACCAGAAAGGCAUCUCAGAGUUAUGUUGACGAAUGUUCUAUGGACGGAUUUAGGACGAAAAUUCAGAAAGACUCUACCUAGAAAUGAUGCUAAUUUAUGUGAUACCAGCAAGGUGCAAUCAGACUCAUUGCCUUCGACAUCUGUUGACAGCAUAGAGACCUGUCAAAAAUUAGAUGCUCUUCACCAAAGCCUUAAUUUAUCUGAAAGGAUACCCAGAGUUAUAUUGACCGAUAUCCUGAGAACGGAGUUAGGAAGAAAAUACUUAAAGAUCCCAUCUAUAACUGAGGCCAGUUUGAGUGAUACAGCCAACCUGAAGUCAGAGCAACUUUCUUCAUCAUCUGAUGGCAGCUUAGAGUCUUGUCAGAGUGUAAAUCAUCACAAGAGCAUUUUACCUGAAAGAGGCUCAAAACCAAGUAAGACAGAUAACAUUUCUUCAAAGCAGACUCCAUGUGUGAAGGAAAAGCACAGAGCUGAUCGUGGUGUUUCUCUGUCAUCUGAUACUCAGCCCAAAGACUUCAGUCAUAGAAAUAAAGAUUGUGACUGUCUUGAAGAGGGGACCAGAAACAAGAACGCUUCACAUUCUUGUUCAGAAAUGGAACGCACUCCAGUUUCGAGGAAGAGAAAGAAAAGAGUUAGAAGUAAUAUACAUGAUUCUCAUAAUUCUAAAUCUUCUUUGGAUAAGUCACCAGAGUAUAUAACAGAAGAAGAAAAUGAUUCCACAGUUUCCAGUAGGCUGGAGCAGUCAAGUGACAGCUAUCACCAGGACCCAGCACCACCUGAAGGACUCACACCUGAACCUGCAGAGAGCGAGGCCACCAGUGUGUGCUCACUUGCUGUUCAGGAGUCAGGGGUCAGCACUGCCUCUGGAAGGGCCUGCUCACCCACCAGAAGCCCGGAGAGCUCUGUGUCUCACAACGAGGUGGAGGGCUCUUCCCCGGCUGAGAAGGACGAGGAGGUAGCUGCAAAAGAAAAGUCUCUUGUAGGUGGAAACAGUGAAGAGAACCAAUUGUCGGUCUCAGCUGAACCAAUUGUUGUUUCCAGCGAUGAAGAAGGGCCCAUGGAACACAAGAGCUCGGCAGUUCUAAAGUUACAGCCUAGUCGAGACUAUGAGAUUGCGAGUGAACAUCAGGGUCCUCCUGAAGCACAGUUGUCAGAGCUACCGCUGAGUGCAUGCAAGUCUGUACAGGCAUCAUCUGAAUUCUGUCCAUACAAUCCUGACAUGGAAAAGAUUUCCGGUGUUAUACCUAACAGUGAAAUGGAUCAGAAACUGGAUUUUGUGUUUACUUCUGUGUAUAUUGGCAAAAUAAAAGGAGCUUCAAAAGGUUGUGUCACGUUCACAACGAAGUAUAUUAAAAUCCCAUUUCAAGUGUCUGUGAAUGAGAUUUCACUGUCAGUGGACACCACACACUUAAAGAGGUUUGGGUUAUGGAAAAGCCAGGAUGAUGAUCACAGCAAGAGGAGCCAGGCUAUUCUUUUCCUCUGGGUUUCCUCGAAGUACCUUCAAGAGAUUCAGACCCAGUUAGAAAACCCCAUAUUAAGCCAGCAAUCAAAAGCCGGUGAAUUCAUUUUCCUUGAGUUAAACAGUUCCAUUUCACAAAAAGAAGAACUGAAAUUGAAAGAUAUUAUGAUGGAAAUAAGUACGACCAAUGGAGAAUCGGAACUCUCUUACCCAUUGUCUUGGGUUCAGGCAUUUCCUUUGUUCCAGGAUUUCUCUCCAAAAGAGAGCUCUUUCAUUCAUUAUUACUGCGCUUCCUCCUGCUCUUUCACCGAUACAGCUGCUGACCCAGAAUCCAAGAGGAAGCCACUGUCUCAGCUCUCCAGUACAGAGACCAUCAAGCCUACAUACACGUUCCUGCAGAAACAAAGUAGUGGCUGCUACUCGCUUUCUAUUACUUCGAGUCCGGACGAAGAAUGGCGAGAAGUCAGGCACCCGGGACCGGUGCAGAAGUUGAUUGUUUAUCCUCCACCACCUACCAAAGGGGGCUUGGGAGUAACUAAUGAAGAUUUGGAGUGUUUAGAAGAAGGAGAAUUUCUUAACGAUGUAAUCAUUGACUUUUACCUUAAGUAUCUUCUACUGGAGAAAGCAUCAGAUGAACUUGUUGAACGAAGUCACAUUUUUAGUAGCUUUUUCUAUAAAUGCUUGACAAGAAAGGAAAAUAAUUUAACAGAAGAUAAUCCCGAUCUCUCAAUGGCUCAGAGGAGACAUAGAAGAGUAAGAACAUGGACUCGUCACAUAAACAUUUUUAAUAAAGACUACAUCUUUGUACCUGUAAAUGAGUCGUCUCACUGGUACCUCGCCGUCAUUUGUUUUCCGUGGUUAGAAGAAGCCGUGUAUGAGGAGUUUCCACAGACUGUGUCCCAGGAGCAGCAGCCUCAGCAGGACAGCAAAACAGCAGACAAUGAUCUACAUACCACUUCAACAGUGUCUUCGAGUGCAGAGCUUUCCCAAAGUACCGAGAUGAAUAUGUCAGUACCAAAGAAAAUGUGUAAAAGGCCGUGCAUUCUCAUACUAGACUCCUUGAAAGCUGCUUCUAUACAAAACACAGUUCAGAAUUUACGAGAGUAUUUGGAGGUAGAGUGGGAAGUCAAGCGGAAAACUCACCGUGAAUUCAGUAAAACCAACAUGGUAGACCUGUGCCCUAAAGUCCCUAAGCAGGAUAAUAGCAGCGACUGCGGAGUCUAUUUACUGCAGUAUGUGGAAAGCUUCUUUCAGGACCCCAUUGUUAACUUUGAACUCCCAAUCCACUUGGAGAAAUGGUUUCCUCGCCAUGUAAUAAAGACCAAGCGGGAAGACAUUCGAGAGCUCAUCUUGAAACUUCAUCUGCAGCAACAGAAAGACAGCAGUAGCUAGUCAGUGCAGGCACAGUGCAUGCUCUCUAAGCUUACUGGAAAGCCGCUUACCAGCAUUCGGGUCAGCUUACCGAGAAGAAGGGAACUUGCCCUAGUCCAUGAAUUGUGGAAAUGUGUAUGGUAUCUUGUUUGAGUCAGUGGGCUCUCACAGCUGAAGGUGUCAUAGAAGCACUUAUAGAAAUUAAAAUUUCAUAAAUAUAUUUUUAUGAUGAAAUAUGCUUGGAUUAUGCAAUAGCAUAUGUAAUGUGGGAAUGUUUUCAUAAGUAAUAAAACUAUGUGAUCAGUACUUCCACAUGACUGGGUGUUGAUGGGAGUUAGGUUCUCCCCGGUGCCAGCCCAGCACUUGUCAAGUUCGUUGACAAGUCAUAUCAUAUUGUAAUUCUCUUCUUUGCAGCUCAAGCAUGCAGUAUGAAUACUGUGUAUUUUUUUAAAAAAGGAACUUAGUAUCAAGGCUUCAGAAAAUGCCAUUCACGGCAUCCCUUCUGUAUAGUGUGAAAAAAGAAUACCAUUAGAUAAAAAUGUACCCUUUCAAAGUGCAGCUUAUUAUUCUCAGUUGCUAAAUGCAAUUACUCUGCUCAGAUCCCCCCCUCCUCCUCCUCGUCCUUCUCCUUCUCCUUCUCCUUCUCCUCC